AAUGCUCAAUGGACUCGAUUAAAAUCAUGAAUGUGUUAAUAAAUUGCUGGUUUUCCUUUCUUCCUUCUGGACCUGUACCCGGCUGCUUCUCGUUCCUUAAUGACUCUUAGUGACAAACUUGUGCUCGUGUGAUCUCGAGAAUCCUAAACGAUUAGCAGCUACAGUUUACAGAUGGGAGGUUCAAAGGAGAAGCGUUCGUCGUAUCAUUUUAGCCACGAGCAUCAAUUGGAACUCACCGGUUCACCUCCAGGAGGAAACACCAGCUGCUUUGGAUGCAAUAUGAACAUAUACCCAGGCAAGGACUAUUACAAAUGCAAGACAUGUACAUUCUUCCUUCACCAAGUGUGCCACAAUAUGCCCAGGAAAGUUCAGCAUCCUGCUGAUCCAAGCCACCAUUUUACCCUCCAUGCCAAGCCUUCAUCUGCCGAAGGCUCCCUUUCCUGCAAGGCUUGUGGCCGCCCGAUCGCUGGCUUCUACUACCAUUGUGCCAAAUGUGGGGUUUUCUAUCAUAUCUCGUGCUCAGCACUACCACUUUCUGUCAAAGUUCCUUCCCACAUUCACCGAGUGAAACUAGAAUUUCUGCCGCCAUAUUGCUUUGAAUGUGAUUUGUGCAAAAGACCCAGUUCAAGCGGUUGGCUUUAUCGAUGUGACUUGUGUGAAUUUGAUGCUCAUAUUACUUGUGCCAUUUCAAGCAACUGUGCAGAGUGGCUUCAAAAUACAGAACUAUGGAGCCGAGAUCAUGAAACGGUGGAGUUGAGUACAAACAGCAUGAAGAACAUUGGCCGAGAAAUUAGUCCAGCUAAAUCUGAUCGUCCUGAAGAAUUUAGCCCAUUUUCUGAUGCCUUGUUUUCGAUAGAUUUUGCUAAAUCUCUUUUAGGCAAUGACAGAACCAAUCAGUCAAACAUGCAAGCUGAUCAGCAUGAGAAGAAGGGUAUUCCAGAACCCAGCGGGACCAUAGAUCAUUUGAGGCAAACCGAUCAAGCUCCUGCUCUUUAUAAUCCAGGUUUUGAUUCUCAUAACAGAGAUGCAAAUCCAAAGAAUGGGUUAAAUAUCACACUUUCACCUGCCAUUAAUGCUCAUGUUUGGAAGGAAUUAGAACAAGAAAAUAAAAAAAGAAAAGCCGGUGGAACCAGAGACAGGACAGAUGGUAUAGAGAUCAAAAAAUCAGAUUCAGAAAAUUCCCGGUACUCCUGCUGGUCGAUGCUAUUUUCAUGGUUCUACUCUCCAAGGAAUGACAGAGAUACUACCCUUUUGGAAAGUGAAAACAAGUGAAAUUUAAUCCAGGUUCCUGAUCAAGCAAGGGAAGAAACCAAAAUCUUCAGUUGCUCCUCCCUUUUCAACUCAUAAAUGAAGCAGGAGCAUUCCAAGGUUCAUUAAUCAACAAAAGGCAACUCUGUUUGACUGUCAACUAUGCACGAGGCGUCACUUUGGGAGCCUAUCGGGGUGUCAAACCUCAACCAAAUGAGUUUAACUGUAUGUCAUUUGAAAGGUCUUGAAGUAUAGUUUCUAGUUCCACAAAUGGUUCGUGAAUUGGAGUUCUACAUCAAAAGUUAUACCAAUUUUACUACAGACUUCCAAAACCUUCCAAAGUAAAGAAAACAUAGGAUUCCAAGGCACUUUCAAGUUCUAAAAUGAUGCUUUGAUCUUGUGAACGUCUUUUGCCUAGUCUAGGAGUCUUUUAGUGCUCUUAAAUCCUAUUUAAUAGUCUUUUUAAUUCCUAUAAAUGGAAGGAUGUUCCAUGCCUAUAUAAGGUCCUCCUUGUAGUAAUUGAAGGGAUGCUAUGUUUAGAAAUUUUCUGAAUUAGUUUAGUGUC